GACGCACGGAAUUGUUCUCGCUAGGAGAAGACCAAGACGAUAUUGAAGGCAUUCAUAUUGAAGGCAUAUCGUCUUGGUCUUCUCCUAGCGAGACCUCACAAGAAGCACAACAACGAAUGCAGCAGCAGGAAGUCAUGAUACGUGCCGACGGAGCAGAGGAUGAUGUACUAGGACUACAAGACAUGGCUGUUCCAAAGGCGGCUCCGACAGAUGUCAAAUGGGCUAUCGAUUUGGCGAGGCUUCCACGAGACAAUGGCUCCUGCAAUCCAUUGUCCUUUUUAGCGGUAAAUUAAGGCUCCUUCAAUGACAAAGUUCUUGUCGUUUUGUUUUUAAAUGUAAAAAUGACGAGAAUGAAGAAACUAUGUAUCAAGCAGUUUCGCUUUCCUCGUCUUGAACAUAUUAAUUACAUACUAGAUACAACCUUGACUUAGUUACUUAGUUGUAUGUAUAAAUAUGUAACGACGUGCUGAGGAUCUAAGUAACGUAUCUCGCUGCAGCUGGAUUUCGUGACGUUCCGUGGAACCGGGCUUUCCUUCACAGCGAAUGGCUCCCUGGGCGAGAUAAAGAUCGUGCUCUCAAAGUACAACGUACGCUGGGGAAAGCCUUGGCGUUCGCGGAGGACUUGAGGCAGUAUGCUGCCAACCCUGAACUGAUGGAGUUUCCGGCACAGUGCGCCCGUUUAGCGAAGUUCGCGCGCCUCGCUUACCGAUUCCAUUUCCAAGAAGUUGAAGAUGGAAAAAGGCAGAAGCGUACAACGAAGCGUCUUGGUACAACGAAGCGUCUUGGGCAACAAGAACAUAGACUUCAAGUUCCAGCACCUUCUUGUUCUCAUCUCCUUCUCCAAACACGAAACCACAAAAGUUCGUUUGAACCGCGGUUAGCGCCGCACGCUCUGCUCUUGGGGGUCCGACGUUAUGCACAUGAUGGAACAGUGGCCGGAUGGAUGGCUGCUGUGAUUCCUGAGUACCCAACUGCUGAACGAUGGAAAAUCUUAGACUCCGAACUAGGCACUUUGUACGGCACAUUUGACGAACUGGAAUGCGGAAUUCACCUAUACCGAACUCCCGACAGCUUCCAGAAGUGGCUGACCUUGGAGUUGCGAGGGGAUGGAAACUUGCUGUACGGGUUCUGGCAAAAGAGGCAUGGAAUCUGCUUCUUUGUCCAGGUUCCUACGCCGGGGGGUGGAGCUGAUGAAGGUUGAUGAAGGAUAGGUUAGUAGUUGAUGUACUUGUGGGCGCCGUCACAUUCUCAGGACCACCAGGGGUAGGAGAAGAUUUUGGUUGUAAUAGUACCAGAUUUAUGGUUGUAAGAACCAGUGGUUUUGCAUCAAUGGACGAAGAUGGAAAAAAGAAAGAGACUAGAAGUAGAAGAUGAAGACAUGCCUGUGGACGAAAUACAGGGUCAUGAAGUGCGUGGUGUGUCACUGAAAUACGGUGGAGGAACAUCUGCGAACUGCUUG